AUGGUUGCAUUGCUAGCACUCAUGGAUGUCACAACCAAUCCAUGGGAUCUUUCUAGGGUGAUAGGAGGAUCAUCAGGAGGAUCGGCAGCUGCAGUUUCUGCCAGGCAGUGUGUGGUAUCACUGGGAAGUGAUACUAGUGAAAGCAUGAGACAGCCAGCAUCCUUUUGCGGUGUUGUAGUCGUUAAUGCUGAGAUUCUCCUUCAUGCAAUUGCUGCUGAAGUUAUCAAAGAUGCGUUUGGUGAGAAUGGAAGACCAGCAUCAGGUGAUGAAGGUGCUAUACCUCCGAAUGCUUCGCUCCAAAUUGAUCUUGAGUUGAUAUCUUGGAAGGCUGUAUCUGACAUAACCAAGGAUAAUAAGGUUCUCAAGAAGACCUUGAAGGAGGGAGAGGGGUAUGAACGUCCCAAUGAUGGAGCUGCGGUUCAAGUGAAACUUAUUGGUAAGCUGCAAGAUGGGACUAUUUUCGUGAAGAAGGGUCAUGAUGAUGAGCAUCCAUUUGAGUUCAAAAUUGACGAGGAGCAAGUAAUUAAUGGACUUGAUAAAGCUGUGAUGAACAUGAAGAAAGGGGAAGUUGCAUUGGUGACCAUACAUCCUGAGUAUGCUUUUGGCUCAUCUGGGUCAACUCAGGAAUUGGCCACCGUUCCUCCCAACUCCAACGUGUACUAUGAAGUUGAGCUGGUUUCCUUUGUAAAGGAAAAGGAAUCGUGGGAUCUGAAUACACCAGAGAAGAUAGAGGCAGUUGGAAAGAAGAAGAAAGAAGGGAAUGCACUGUUCAAGGCUGGCAAAUAUGAAAGAGCAUCAAAGAGAUAUGAAAAGGUAUUGUACUCCCUGCAAAAAUCUUAGCAAAAUUUGUUGUGAUGUGAGG